AUGGACGACAAGCAAACCAAGCCUUUUGUUGACACGCCGUCAUCCGUCGGCGAUAUUGAGCCCUCAGUGCCUGAAAUUCCCGAGAAGGUGAUGCCGCUCAGUGUCCGUCCUGACACAGACUCGAUCGCGCACUCGCACACAUCAAUUCACCACACUCAUGCCGAGUUACUGCUUCACGCAUCGCAUUACGCUGGUCAGAAUACCAUGCAGACGAUUCAGCCCAGCGACCUGAGUGUUGGAAAUGCGGACGAAGCCCCUCCCGGAUCGGUACGUCUCGGGCGGUCCGAGUUUGCCGUCACUCUUCCUAUGGACUCCCGUUUGAAAGACGAAUAUGAUCGAAUUUUAUCAGGCGCGGCUGAGGACAUACGUCAAUUCCUUGCAAUGUCUAAUCCAACCACCCAGGUGUCCCCUUCUGAUCGAGACUACUCUCUUUCACGCAUGCAAGAAGUCACUGCUCAGUUGAACAAUGUAGCGACCCACCCGGACCUGAAUAUUGCCCACCACCUGACCUACAACGAUUCAAACAUGGAAAAUGAGGCCUCAUGGGCUGAAUAUUCGAGCUCAAAAUUUUACAUGCUCGGGUACCUUGUGCAGGUCGCGAGCACAUACGACCUUCAUCUAAUUAUAGAGGUCCGCGGCGAAAUGAAACAAAAAGUUCUGGAGAGGUACCUACUCGGAAAAGGUUUUGCUUACACCAGACCACGAGAAGAGAUGGGAUCCAGCAUCGAAAUUUCGAUGGUCAAGGAUUCUCUGAGUUUCGGUAUCCACUCCCAUGAUGGCGUACGAGAGCUCAUGAAGCCGCCCGCCGCCAUAUUUGCCCUAGACUCCUCGUUCGAUCCAAAUAGCCCGUCGGUGCAACACAUCAGAACGACCUACACGCGAAACAAUGAUCUUCUCCCUGUGAUAUGGUUCCUAGUCUCCAACACAUGUGAACAUAUCGAACGCUGUCUCCCGGAUCUACCCCCGGCCGACCGUAUGCGUUUGCUCCUUCAGUACACGGCUCACCUCCAUGACGACGUAGGUGACCUCCAAGACAACGCUCUCGGCGUGUACGAGGAUGUCGAUGAAAUCCUGAUGUACUUGCGGGACCGAUUUGCCACGUGGUCUUUACCUGCUAUCGAGCCUUUGCCUAUGAUCUCCCCGGAAACCCUGGAGUCGUCGACUCCCUCAUCUGACGGUCAAGUUCCAACCUCUCAGAAGCGCUUUCUUGACGACGACAGUGAAGAUUACCGUUCGAAACGUACGCGGUUGGAAGAUGUGAGCCAACUAACCCAAUCCAUCAAACCCCCUAGUCAACACUUGAGCCGUGAUCUUCAAUAUUUGGAGAAGAACAUUCUCCAAAUGCAACGUACGCAUGCAAGCGAGAAGGAACAACUUCAGGCCGAGCUCUCCCGUGUGUCUUCUCGAGCGCAGACUCUAGAGAAGGCGUUGAGCGAGCUGCAACAUCGGUAUGAAAGCCGGACCAAAGAGCUACACCAGGUUCGCCAAGAGCGCGAUGCUGUAGUUGGGGGAAAAGCGUCUCUCGAACAGCGUGUCGAUAGGCAAAAGGAAGACAUUUCCAAGUUGAAGGAAGAACGAUCUCAACUGCGGCGUGAUUUGGACGAAGCUCGCCAGGAGCUCAAAUCGGGUGGCGGCACCAUGGCUGAUAUCGAAAAGGCACGGGAGGAGAAUCGUCAAUUGAUCAAGGAACAGGCAGGUCUUGAGCGCAAGGCUGACUAUGAGCGUAACCAAGCUGAGUACACUCGGGAGCAAUACCAAAACGCAUCCACGGCAGCGGCUCAAGCCGGAAAUGAACUUCGACAGCUUCGCAAUGAAAACGAAGAAUUGGCCCGUAAGGUGGAAGGCAAUUCCGCACGUCUCCGCGAGCUCAAUCUAAAGAACGAUUCCGAAAUUCACAUUCGCCGGAUCAAAGAGCUCGAAUUGACAUUGGUUACUCGGGAGGACCUACUGCGCCGGAAGGAGGAGGAGCUACGGGAGAUUCGCAAAAACAGACCGUCGACUCGCUCCACCAGUACUCAGCCAAGAAGCCCCAAGAUCACAGCCGGCAGCCGUCCUACCAGCCCAGGUGUCGGCAAUGGGAAUGGCAAUGGAAACGGCAACGGCCUAUCCGGGCGUGGAAGUGCAUUGCGAUUCAGCUCGGAGAUGCGCUUUUGA